AUGACAUGCUGCCUUUGGAACAGGUUGCCUUGUGGGCAGCAAUGGAGGACAGUGGGGCAGCAGCAGAGCGGGAUUCCAACUCCAAGCUUACCAGUCUUGUGCGCCGCUCGGUGCCCCUCUGUGGCUUCCAUAAGACAAAAGAACAGGGCUCAGUGGCUACCUAAUAUUGUCUUGCAACAGAGACGGGACAGUGGUCAGCAGCUAGGCACUGGUUUCGGGCCCACUGUUGCACCUUUGCGUGGCCCACUAUGGUCAGCCCACCUUGGUCAUGGCUCGUGGACCCCUGGCCACCUCCUCUCCCUCCCAAGAGCUCCUUUAAAAGGAAGCCGUGCCUCCCCUUCUCUCUCCUCAAACCCAUCCACCACCAUGUUCCAUUCCUUCUACUGCAGCUCCUCCACGUACGGCGACUCCACCUUCCUCCCCUCGGUCUUCUGCUCCGCCGCCGUUCCUCACGCCCUCCUCUCCGACGGCAAUGGCUGCCUCCCGCCUUUCCCCUCCUCCUCUCCUCCCUGUACCUCCUCUCAGUCCGCUUAUUUCCUGCACCGGAACAGCAGCAUCCACUCUCUGCCCAUUCACCACCACUUUCCCGACUCCCUCAGCCCCCCACCUCCUCCGCCGCUGCUGCCACUCUCAUCGUCUCCUUCUUCCUCCGCCUGCGAUUACUCCGACUUCAACGUCGAUCCAGCACGGCGGGUCCUCAGCACCGGCGACCUCCAGGGGAUGAAUGCUCCGCACGAGAAUUAUAUCCAGGAAGAAGGGGCCGUUGCCGGGAGAGUACGGCCAUACAGUGCCGAGGAGAGGAAGGAAAGGAUCGAGAGGUAUCGCAGCAAGCGCCACCAAAGGAACUUCCACAGGAAGAUCACUUAUGCAUGCAGGAAGACGUUGGCGGACAGCCGGCCGCGAGUGAAGGGCCGGUUUGCGAGGAACGGCGAGCCGGAGACGGAGACGGAGACCGAGAUAGAGAUGAAACCAGAUACGACGGCGGUCAAGAGCUUCGACUGCUGCGGCUACGACAACUACGAGGCAAAUCACGGCUGCAGCGUUGGCGGCGAUACUGGAGGCGACUGGUGGAGCCAGCUGCAGGCGGCGCUGGCGACGGACGACGAAGGCGAGAGCUCCUACGACGAGGACCUCUUAGCCAGCUUCACCGACGUCUUCUCCAUGAACAAUCUAUCCUGAGCCCUACAAAAGAACAAAGAGACAUGUGAAGGACUGCAAGGUCGGCCGCAGGUGCAGCAGCAGCAGCAGCAGCUGUAGUAGUGAAUACUUCUUGUGGUUUUCUGUCGCCAUUAAGCGCGACCUCAGGCAGCAGCCGGCAGUUUGAGUCAGGGUGUCGUCACUUCCCUUCCUCCCUGUUCUCGUCAGAUACUUCUAUAAAUGUCGCAGCUUUUCCA